AUGGUCAUUGUUAGAACCAUUAUGGCUAUUGCUACUUCUAGACAUUGGUAUAUCUAUCAAAUAGAUGUACGUGAUGCAUUUCUCAAUGGUGACUUAGUUGAGAAUGUUUAUAUGAAGAUUCUUGAUGGGUUUGCAAGAAAAGGUAGUCUCAUAAGCUUUUGUGUGACACUAGAGAAGCUCUACAGAAUUAAGUUUAAAAUGAAGGAUCUUGGAGAACUCAAGUUCUUUCUAGGCAUUGAGUUUGCAAGAUCUAGCAAGGGAAUACUUAUGUGUCAAAGAAAGUAUGCAUUGAAAAUGAUAGCUGAAACUGGGCUAGGAGGAGCCAAACCAUCAGGAACACCACUUGAGCUUAAUAAAAAAACUGACCUUAGGGUUCUAAGUCAGUACAUGCAUUUUCCAAAGCAGUCUCAUUGGGAAGCAGCACUUAGAGUAGUAAGGUAUAUCAAAGAAGCACCUGGACUUGGUUUACUAAUGCCAUCAGAUGAUACAAGUCAACUUGUUGCUUAUUGUGACUCUGAUUGGGGUGGAUGCUUAGAGUCUAGAAGAUCAGUGACUGGUUAUCUAAUGAAGUUUGGUGAGGCGUUGCUUUCUUAG